GACGACGACGACGGUGUUCGGGUGUUGUGUUGUGUUGUUUUGUUGUUGCCCUUGCUGGUGUUGGCUAAAGACUGGAAACUAAGGAAUUGUUAUGAUUUGAGAUAAUUUUUGUGUUCUGUAGUUGAAUUUUAUAAAUAUUUUGGUGAAGCAUCACUCGUGUCUUCCACCUAUAGUCUGACAUACAUUACCAAUGCGUACAAAUUUGACCAUCUUGAUUAAGUUGGAAACGAUCUCCGAAAGUUCAUAGGGACCAGAAAUAUAGCAGGCAGUAGGCCUAUCAUAAUAGUUUUAAAAAUAUACAAUCAUCUUUACUAAUAAUCUUAAUAUUACAUUUUAAGCCUUAAAAUGGGUCUAACAGGGUGCUACGGAAUACUGAAAUACCUUGUGUUUUUCGUGAACCUUGUGUUUUGGAUAACUGGUUUGACCAUUAUUGUUCUAUCGGUGUGGAUGCUCACUGACCCCACAUUCUACAUGAGCAUGGCUCAAGAUGAGUCAAGCUACUACACUGGAAUCUACCUCUUCCUGAUCGUUGGGACUUUAAUGUUCAUUGUAGGGUUUCUCGGGUGCUGCGGAGCAAUAAAAGAAUCUCAGUGUAUGCUUGUUUUGUUUUUCUGUCUUCUCCUGAUCAUCUUGGUGGCUGAGAUAUCGGCAGGCGCCUGGGCCUACAGCAACAGUCAUCAGUUGGAAGAGUUGGUCAGGGACAGUGUGGAGACAACAGUGCAAGAGGAGUAUAGCGUAGUGGACAGUCGUACACAGACUUUCGACGCCAUACAGCAAGGUUUGGGAUGCUGUGGAGCUAACAGCCCUAGUGACUGGGUGAGCAGCAGGUUCAACAACGGAGGCAAACAAGGCAUCAACCUGUCCAUCUUAUCUCCCAUGAAGCUGUACAAAUUGCCGGCCAGUUGCUGCGCGUUGCCGGAAGGCAGUGAGCAGUGUAAGGAUCUCAAGACCCCUAUCGUCCCAAACAACGAGCACGUCUAUCAGGAAGGAUGCACAAAGAAGCUGCAAGAUAAGCUGAGGGAAUACAUGAGCACUGUUGUUGGUAUCGGAGUCGCAGUUGCGAUUGCACAAUGUCUCGGACUGUCUUUCGCUCUCGUGCUGUGCUGCGCGAUCCAACAACGUGACCGCUACAAAGCAUAGGACACACCGCGUUGUAGCGUCAGCCACCUCACCUCCACCGACUCCGCCAACCAGCUGCGACGUGAGUUCAUCUAUUAACUUACAAUUAAUUACUUAACCUCUACUAAUAAAGUAGUAAGCAUUUAGUGUAACUGCCGAUGCUGUUGAAGUUUGUAAAAAAGUCAGGCAGUUAGUAACGAGUUUUGUUGUAGCUGAUAAUGUCUGUUGUAUAGGACAGGAACGAAAUUCCUAUCAGUUUCAUCCAAAGCUUAUUAUUAUUUUUGAAAGUUUUAUAUUUUAUUUUCGUCUUGUUCCUAGUAUUAUUGUAUAGCCUGGAGUUUAAAAGUUGGACUAGUCAUGAGCUGAACGGUUUUUAUUCUCACAUGUAGUUUUAAAAUAAAUAUAAUCUCUUUUUUUAUUAAAUUUGAAUCAAUAUUUUGCAUUGGAUCAAAAAUAUUUAUGUAAUCAAGUAUUUGUAUGUUUUUCAUUGUAAGAUUUAGUGUGUGUUUGGUAGUAAACUAAAAGAUACUAGUAUAUAAAAGUAUACUUUGUGGUAUAUCUUUGACAACUAAUUGUUAUAUACUUUUAUAAAAAAUAUGAAGCUUUUAUACAAAUUAAUUGAUGGUUAAUUUGAUAAUAUUAAACAGUAGACAUGAUCUGAUCCAAUUUCCCAUCAUGCAAUUUAAUUUAUUCAACACUGUUAAUAUUUGCCUUGAAAUCCAAACCCUUGUCAGCGUCAUAAAGACCUCAUCUACAGUAGAACCCCUCAUAUCCAACCAUGACGGGGCUGGGGCACAGUCGGAACGGCCUUAAGGUCGGAUAUCGGGAGGAGCAUAACCUGCAGUCUCCGCGACAUCAGUAAUCAUCUCCCGCGGCAACAUCCGUGAGCGUAACUUGGAGUCUCUGCAACUUCGAUAAUCGUCUCUCGCGACUGCAGCAACACCCGUUAUUGGCGACAGUUGUGAUUGUCUGCUGCGAUUACGGCAACAUCAACGAUCAGCCUUUCGGUUUACCUACGUUUACAUACGUUAUCGCCCCAGAUAGGAAAAAUGUAGUUCAAAUCAAAGUCAGACACUAGGUCGGAUAUCCCGAGGAGUAGGUUAUUCCGAGGUCGAAGAUGAGGGGUUCUAAUGUAUAAGCCAUUGCUGUGUAUUAAUAGUUGAGUUGACAUCCUAUCAAAAUCUCUCAUUUCAUCUUCUCAUUCAGGAAUCAAAAAUAUCUGCAACCUUUAUUAGGAUGUAAUGGCAGUUUAUUAUACAAAAACAUUGUUAGUUGAAUGGUAUACCUUAGGCAAUUUUGUACUUCGAUUCAAAACCGCUCUUUCCAGCUCUCUAUUGAUUUCAAUGUUUUUUUAUGUGUGAUUAAAAAAUUACUCUAGACUUAUAGAUGUUUUAAUCAAAAGAAUACUCUACCUUUGAAUGUGUUCAAAUAGAAAUGACAAUUUUGUAAUCAAAACCUUUAUCUAGUAUUGUAGUUUUUGAGAUUUAAUCAAAUUGCACAAAUCAAAGACUCGUGAAAACAAAAAGGUUAGUUAUUGUAUUAAAAGCCAUAACAGUGUCUUAUAUGGUUACCAACUAUUAAUAGCUGUCAAACCAUCACAAAACAAAAACAACAAACAAAAUAAAUAAAAACCAACUGUUUUUUUCUUGAAUCUAUACAAUUAAACCAACUAUCCAAUAAAACUGACUUUUGUAGUUUUCUAUAAUAACUAACCUAACUCAUGUUUGUUAAAUAGGCUAUACCAAUUAUUAAUAUGGUCAAUUUAAUGCUAUACUGUAUAUUUUUAUUAUCUUAUUUAUAUAUUUGUAUAUACUUCGCCCGUGCCACAAUACUUAAAACUUCUUUAUUAUAACAUUUACAAAGAGUUUUAUCAAAAUGAGUUUGAACAUUGUGCCUUACAUUUGUACGCACAGUGGAAUCAAAAACUUUCUCAUUGAUGUCAUGUUUCGGUACCAAUUUUGACUGUAUGAAAUCAAACUGCAGAUCGCUACAAAUGUGCUUUUUACUGACAUACUCGCUUUCUUUUUUACUUGAAUUAGUGAAGAUUUUAUUUGAAUAUUUGAAUAAUUUUUGAAUGUUCAUAACCUUUCUCACUAUCUAUCUACCAAUUUAAUUAUUUUUAUCAAAAGUUUUUGUUCAAACAGUAGUUCCAUCAAAAUUGUAUCAAAUAAAUAAAAACUGUUAGAAAUAAUUAUUUUUAAAUUAAGCUUAAGAAAAAAGUUCUUGAUGACUUAAAUGACAUACAGUAUUAAUAAUUUCUUGAUCAGCAUCGUACGUGUUAUUAAAUUACCUGAAAAAAGCAAAAAUAUAUACGUCUAAUAACACAUGUAAUAAUAUAUUUGCACUUGAAUACUGUUGAAUUACAAGACGGUAAAUACAUAUAAAAGUUGGUAAGUGGUGAUCGAUUUCGAUUGGAUGAUGAUUUGAGUGAUCACCACUGGCACUUACCAACUUUUAUAUGUAUUUACUGUCUUGUAAGUCAACAGUAAGUGUAAAUAUAUUAUUACAAGUGUUUAGACGUAUAUUUUUGCUUUUUUUCAGAUACAGUAUUAGGCUCAAAUUUUAAAGUCAAACUCAGUGAAAGUGCCAUGGUUUAAUUAAACGUUGGGAAAUAAUUCUUUGACAGUCAAAAACUUAGAUAAGGAUAGUUGUAUGUUAACUACAACUGAUGGGCAAAUAAUAUGCAAAAGAUUUCAAUAAUUCAAUGUAAUAAAUAAGUUUUUAAUGAUGAAAUGUUUAAUCGGUGUUAAGAAUUUGGAACCAAAGAUUAGCAAAUGAAAACUUUGUGCAUUCAUUAAAUUAUUAUUAUAGUUCUAUAAUUAUUGUAUUUAAAUUUUAAGUAUUCCUGGUUUAUAAAUUCUGUUUACUCUUGCAACGGAUCAUUCAAUACAGUCAUUUUUCAGUUUGUUUUUUUGUAACAAAUAUAGCAAGACUUUAGAUUGUAUCUACUGUAUAGUAUACUUAUCAAUACCUACAAUCUUUAUUCUUACUUAAUCAACAAAAACUAGCAUGUGAAAUACCCUGUAGAAUGGUUUUAGAUCAUUGAUAUUUGGAUCUUAUUUGUGUGGGUUUCCAAAAAAAAUUUAAAAGUUUCACUUGGGACUUUGUAAUCCCAAUAUUUAUUUCAUUAAUGUAAGGCUUUUUUUCUCAUAAACCUAAUUAUUUAUUUUUUUCUUAUAAUAUUUAGCCUGUACUAAGAAUAUAUUUUUUACUUAUGCAUUAUGACAUGUAUUUAAUCUUAGGCCUAUUUUCUUUUUUUAUGUUUCUAACAAUCUUUUUGUAUAUAUUUAGAUGUUUAAAUAUAUAUGUUGUGUGUGUUAA